GCUGGGCUCAGACGGGGUCUGUCGGCGUUAGCCAGUCGGGCUAGCAAUGACGGAUAGGAUCGCCCCUACCGGGUUCGGGAUCGUGAGCCGCCGCCAGACAUGAUUUUGUGGAGACCACCGAACAACUUUUGUGCGCACCGAGCGACGGACGGACAAACCGAGCGACUGACUGACUGACUGGGAACGUUGUCACGGAGCGGAGGAGAACUUCCCGGGAAUCCCGUGUUUUUUCGUUGGGCCUGAGCUGGUUUGUCAGCCUUGUGUAGGUUUGGUUUUCACCCCCCGAGUGUCCUGUGGAUAUCAGCUGACCAUGGUGGUCUGAGCAGAGCGAGGCACGGAGGCAGCCUGGCACAGCGUGUGUUCACUCUAACGCAGCGAGGAGCAGCGAGACGGACCAGAGCCACGAGGAAAUAAAGCACAUCUAAACACAAAAUGUCUCAAAACAGAGAACUGGUGGUUUACUACAUAAAGUAUAAACUCUCCCAGAGAAACUAUCCCCUCAAUCACAUGGUGCUCAAUGAGGCUCCCAACAGGACUGACGGGGGGGAGGCGAGGUUGGCUGAGGAACAGCGGACAGAGACACACGCCAACGGGACUUUUAAUGGCACGAGUCCCGGGACCCCGCCGCCGUCCCCGCGGCGGUUGGCGUCGACGGCGACCAUGGACGCGGUGAAGGAGGCCCUCCGGGACACGGCCAACGAGUUCGAGCUGCGGUACGCCCGCGCCUUCAGCGACCUGCACAGCCAGCUGCACAUCACGCCGGCCACCGCCUACCAAAGCUUCGAGAACGUGAUGGACGAGGUGUUCCGGGACGGCGUCAACUGGGGCCGCAUCGUAGGGCUUUUCGCGUUCGGCGGGGCGCUGUGUGUCGAGUGCGUCGAGAAGGAGAUGAGCCCCCUGGUGGGCCGGAUCGUAGAGUGGAUGACGGUUUACCUGGACAACCACAUUCAGGACUGGAUCCAGAGCCAAGGCGGAUGGGACCGCUUCGCUGAAAUCUUCGGCCAGGACGCGGCAGCCGAGAGCCGGAGGUCUCAGGAGAGCUUCAAGAAGUGGCUGCUGGUGGGGAUGACGGUGGUGACCGGGGUCGUGGUCGGUUCGCUCAUCGCCCAGAAACGCCUGUGAGAGGACCAGAGCCCCCCCACCCCACCCCCCCUCCACUACCCCCCUCUGAACCCGCCGCCGCCCUCCACGUCCUCAUGAAGGUCCUGUUGGUCUCAUCAGAACUGCUGAUGAUGUUUACUCCCCCGUCGUGCGUCCAGCAGCAGGCCGAGAAACCCUCAAACGUUUGCCGAACUUUUGAGGACAGGAAGGACAGAGUUAUUGGUGUUCUUGUGUUUGUUCCAACCCCGACGGAAACGUGUGGUUAUACAAAGAAAGACAUGUUAUUGUUUCACCUCACUGAACCGGUUGUUCCAUUAUUCACUCGUUCCUGCAUCUUGUUUCUUCCUGUAUGUAUUAGUUUUAACAAUUUUUUGUUUUUGUUUUGUUUCCCAUCAUUGAAAACGGGCUGAUUCUAGUCUUACAAUUAACCCCAGCGUGUGUGAUUUGAGGAGUUCUGGGCUCUGCUUUGUCUUAUCAUGUAGUUGGUUCUGCCAGACAGCACUGCUGUAUGUGCCAUAUGGAGAGUGGAAGCAGGGGAGGAUGCAGCGGCGUCCCCCGACCACCAUCGCAUACAGAAGUACAGCGUCGCUCUCGCCUCACCCUGUCUCCUCACGCUUUUUGUUUUUUUGUACGAAUGUUGCGUUCAAGUGACUCAAGCGGACGACAUGAGAAUCUUAAACUAAAACUAAUGGGAAACUAAAUCUCCUGCGUGUUUGUGUUUGUUGGUGCGUUUUUUGUUUUUUGUAUUACUGAACCAUUAAAAUGCCACUGCUCCUGCUUGAUCUGUGCUUCGUGGUCAUAACUCGGCCUCGGGUCGAUCCUCCGACUUGUCAGAGUCGGAUCGACCGCAUUUCUCAGACGUGUUUACUCCACAGUAGCUGAAGGACGCAGCAGAUUCUGUAGCAUCGCGUACAAACCGACGGAGCGAUCGUUAGCCGUCACCGUCUCGCUGGGUGGACGUCUGCCUGUACAGCUGUCAUUUGGCGACACUUUGUUUAUGUUAAUCUGCUUUUAAAUGCUAAAUAAGGGAGGUGGUGUUGAAAUAAACUGCACCCGACACGCUGUAACGUAGUUGUAAGCAGAGAUGUUGAAGUGUCGGAUGCUAAUUCGUCGAGUACAAACAGUACAUCACAGCGAAUCAGACACACAGAGAGUGUUUACAAUUGAGCUCAAAGUUUCAUUGUUGAUCUUAAACAGUGUAAAUUCUUCUUUCAAACGCUUUUAUUCAAAGCGGCGAACAUCGGAGAGCGGAUCUAGUCAGUUCAGCUUCAUUAACUGGACUCAUUUCGUGGCUUUUAUUCACACGCCUAGUUGUCAUGAAGCACAAAGAAGAUGUGUUCAUAAAACAAACGUAAUAAAACUUUAGUAAAUACAGAGAUAUAGAUGUAAAUAAAUGCAGCAUCGUCUGUUUAGCAUCAUAACUGUAACUUUAAUGACAGUUUUCUGUUACUGAUGCUUCAAAAACAACUUUUCUAAAACCCUCACUCGUCCUCGUCUCUGUUUGCAGCUACUUUAUAGUGUUAGAAUCAACAUAAUGUUUAUGGUGCUGCAAAUAACAGCUAAUUGGUUAAAAGUUCAUCAGUUUGGAUAUUUGAUUGUUACUAAUUAAAAUAUGAUGUGAAGCCGUUAAUUGCUUCUACACACUGUCUAGUUUGGGGGCAGCGCGUUAAAUCUUCACUCGUUUUGCAAUAAAGUUCCAAUCGUGUGCUGUGAUGUUCAAGCCGAAGACUAGUUUUGCUGUUUUUUUAUUUUCCCUCCACUGUUUCCUAAUCAGUCCUUAUUUGGGAACCAUUAGUCGAGUUUCUGCGCCACAGCUCACGCUCCAUGUCGUCGCCGCCGCCGCCUUCCUCUUAAGACUCUAUGUAGCGAGCCGACGGUUCUGCAUCACAUGUUCUCUGAGUCGAAUUUGUCCGCCAUCUUGAGCAAAUCGAAAGCUGUCGGCGGCUGCGGGAGCGUGAAGCUGAGACGCCUGAAGCCUCCAUCCUCGCUUCCGCCUCGCUCCUCCCCAGGCGCCUCGGAUCUGUCAAACCUCCGUCUCCGCCCGGCUCCACCUCUUCCUGCUGCAGUCCCACCGCUGUCACCGCAUCCAGCCACGUGUGUCACUCACAGCUGGAACACCUGCCGCCGCCGCACACACACCUGGGCGCACACACACACACACACACACCUACCUGCCAGUCACAUGACGUCCACAGGAGAUGAUGGAGGAGGAGGAGGGGGGGAGGAUGGAGGCUUCGCUUUUUCCUUUCUGAACAUCCACCCGUCUUUAAUUUAAAGCAGGAGGAGCUUUUAUGCACCAACAACUGGCAGCUCCGUUAAUUUACUGGGAAGGAUGGUGGUGGUGGUGGUGGUGGUGGGGGGUUGGCAUGUGUGUUCCCAGAAUCCUCCCACUGCUUCAGACUUGAUCACAUUCCAACAUCCAGCCAACAACAAUAUGUCCCGGUGUUAAAGCGGCACAAUAACACACACACACACACACACACAGGUGCUGUUUUUCUUUUUCCUUUUCUUAUCAAGGCACCGAUUCCAAACGUUAAAGCAAACACCAUCCGGAUGUGAGACAUUAAUCACUACAUUCCCAGUGUGAGAGUGCAGCCACCAGCGGCGCCGCCGUCUUCAAAGCACGCCGUCAUUACAGUCCCUUCUUUUUUUUUUUGAACCCACAUUUACACCGACGAACACGGAUUUCUCAAAUAUUUCACCGAAUCCAAAAAUGCGAUCCUCUAAAUGCUUCUACUCGAGCGUCCUGUUCGCUCACACAUUCCAGUGCAGUAUAUAUAUAUUUUUCUAGCCCCAUCAAGAAGCUGCUCACAGGCUUGUUUUUUUGUUUUUUUUGUUUCUUCUCUGCUCUCAUUUAAACCGAUUCUCCUUUUUGCACAUCCUGUGCGUUUGUCUGUGCGAGUGUGUGAGUGUUUGUUUCGCAAAAAUGUUCUUGAAGGAGGCACAAAUGAAGGAAGUGUGACAGCAUUGGCACGACCCCUAUAUAUAUGCUAGUUAUUGAAACCGAUUAGAAUAGUACGUUAGCUUAGUGACAUAUUUAAGAAGGAAAAAAAAAAACAGAACUGAUGGCUUUUAAACUUUAUUUAUAUUUGGUGUAAAAGAAAAAAAAAAAAAAAGCAUAAUCGUGCCCUUCAAAUGGCCUUAAACUCCAUCUUUGCAUUGAUGUGCAUUGUCAGGUUCUUUUUGUUUUUUUGUUUUUUUUUCAGGAUUAUUGGACCAACACUAGACAAGAAAAUGCAAGAGAAAGGAUAUUUUCAACAACAGCAACAAAAACAAAGUUGUCUCUGGUGCAUUCUUGUACAAAACCACGUCCGAUGGUCUCUUUGUAUGUCUUUAGAAUGCCACUGUAAAAAUUUAAAUUACAUUGAACCCAAUAAAGCCCAAUGUUGGAAGA